GCGCAGAGCCGUGUUGCCGCAGGAGAUGCCUGACGCCUCACCCUGAGGAUCGGUCAGUGACGCGAUGGAGCGAGCAAGGGAUCGCUUACACCUGAGACGGACUACAGAACAGCACGUGCCAGAGGUGGAAGUUCAAGUCAAACGCAGAAGGACAGCCUCACUGAGCAACCAAGAGUGUCAGUUGUACCGGAGGCGUUCUCAGCAGCAGCAAGCACCUGUGGUGGAUUUCCAGGCUGAACUGAGACAGGCAUUCUUAGCUGAGACGCCAAGAGGUGGUUAAAGCAGUACUGGAACAGCAAGGAAGCUGAUUCCAAGCAAAAACCAGGCUCCCUCUACUGUUUGAAGCUUCUGUCCAGCUUGCAUUGUUUCUAGGAGAAUCUGCGUCAUACCUUUAUCUAUAGCCUUCCCUUAGGUCUUAAAGAUCAAGAAAUUUUAACUGUGGACAUCAGAUUUGGUGGAACAGCAAUCAUGACUGUGGGCAAGAGUAGCAAGAUGCUGCAGCACAUUGACUAUAGAAUGAGAUGUAUCCUGCAAGAUGGCCGAAUCUUCAUUGGUACCUUUAAGGCUUUUGACAAGCAUAUGAAUUUGAUCCUCUGUGAUUGUGAUGAGUUCAGGAAGAUCAAGCCAAAGAAUGCGAAGCAGCCAGAGCGUGAAGAAAAGCGGGUUUUGGGUCUGGUGUUGCUGCGUGGGGAGAACUUGGUAUCCAUGACUGUGGAGGGGCCACCCCCAAAAGAUACUGGUAUUGCUCGGGUACCACUUGCCGGAGCUGCAGGAGGCCCUGGAGUUGGUAGGGCAGCUGGCAGAGGAGUACCAGCCGGUGUACCAAUUCCACAGGCUCCUGCUGGAUUAGCAGGCCCGGUCCGAGGAGUAGGGGGACCAUCUCAGCAGGUAAUGACUCCACAGGGAAGAGGCACUGUAGCAGCUGCUGCCGUUGCUGCUACUGCCAGCAUUGCUGGAGCCCCAACCCAGUACCCACCAGGACGAGGGACCCCACCCCCACCUGUAGGCAGAGCAACACCACCUCCGGGCAUUAUGGCUCCUCCACCUGGUAUGAGACCACCCAUGGGCCCACCAAUUGGGCUUCCCCCCGCUCGAGGGACACCAAUAGGUAUGCCCCCUCCAGGAAUGAGACCCCCUCCACCAGGAAUUAGAGGUCCACCUCCCCCUGGAAUGCGUCCUCCUAGACCCUAGGAUACUGAUACUAUUCAUCUCAGUCACUUUUUUCCCUGCAAUGUGUCUUGUGAAAUUGUGUAGAGUGUUUGUGAGCUUUCUGUCCCCUCUCUGCAUUAAUAAUAGCUAAUAAUAAAUGCAUAGAGCAAUUAAACUGUGA